CUGCCUCGCCACCUCACCUCCAUCCCGCCAGCAGUCUGCCUGUCCGUCCGUCCCGCGCCUCUGCCACGUCCGGAAGCCCGACAUCCGCGAGAGCCUAUCCGUGCUUGAAGGCAGGGCCGGGCCGUUGCCUCUUGUCAAGAGGACUGGGCGGCCGGGGCUGCGUGGGACUGCGCGCAGCGGCGGCGACUCCCCGUGGGCCGGACAGCGCAGGGCCAUGGCCGAGGCGACCCCGGCUCCGACUUCUGAAUGGGACUCCGAGUGCCUUACAUCCCUGCAGCCACUUCCUCUUCCCACGGCCCCAGCAGCAAAUGAGGCACACCUGCAGACAGCAGCCAUCUCUUUGUGGACAGUGGUGGCUGCCGUGCAGGCUAUCGAGAGGAAGGUGGAGGUCCACAGCCGGCGACUCCUACACCUAGAAGGCCGAACAGGGACAGCAGAGAAGAAAUUAGCCAGCUGUGAAAAGACAGUGAUGGAGCUUGGCAACCAGCUGGAGGGCAAGUGGGCCGUGCUGGGGACCCUGCUGCAGGAGUACGGGCUGCUGCAGAGGCGGCUGGAGAACUUGGAGAACCUGCUGCGCAACAGGAAUUUCUGGAUUCUGCGGCUGCCUCCAGGUAUUAAGGGAGAUAUCCCAAAGGUGCCUGUGGCCUUUGAUGAUGUCUCCAUCUACUUUUCUGCUCCAGAGUGGGAAAAAUUAGAAGAAUGGCAAAAAGAACUUUACAAGAAUAUCAUGAAGGGCAACUACGAGUCUCUCAUCUCCAUGGAUUAUGCUAUGAAUCAACCUGAUGUGUUAUCACAGAUUCAGCCAGAAGGAGGACAAAACACAGUAGACCAAGCAGGGCCAGAGGAAAGUGAGAUUCCCGCAGAUCCAAGUGAAGAGCCUGGUAUUUCAACAUCAGAUAUUCUUUCUUGGAUUAAACAAGAGGAAGAGCCUCAGAUUGUGGCCCCACAGGAGUCCAAGGAGAGUGACAUAUAUAAGAGCACCUAUGCUGAUGAAGAGCUUGUCAUCAAAGCCGAAAGCCUUGCUCAAGCCUCCUUGUGCCCCGAGGUUCCAGUCCCUUUCUCCUCUCCACCAGCAGUAGCAGCAAAGGAUGCUUUUUCUGAUGUGGCUUUCAAAAGCCAGCAGUCCAUGACACCUUUUGGACGUCCAGUCACUGACCUUCCUGAAGCCUCUGAGGGACAAGUGACUUUCACUCAGUUGGGCAGCUACCCCCUCCCACCUCCAGUUGGGGAGCAGGUGUUCUCCUGCCACCACUGUGGCAAGAAUCUCAGCCAAGACAUGUUGCUGACCCACCAGUGUAACCACGCUGGGGAGCACCCUUCACCCUGUGCUCAGUGCCCUAAGCACCUUCCUCCACAGGCCAACCUCAGUAGCACCCCCCAGGACCCUGCCAGUGAGACACCCCCCACCUGCCCACACUGCGCCAGGACUUUUACUCACCCGUCAAGACUCACCUACCAUCUCAGGGUCCAUAACAGCACUGAGCGCCCUUUCCCAUGUCCUGAUUGUCCCAAGCGCUUUGCCGAUCAGGCCCGACUUACCAGCCACCGGCGUGCUCAUGCAAGUGAGAGGCCCUUCCGCUGUGCCCAGUGUGGCAGGAGCUUCAGUUUGAAAAUCAGCCUCCUGCUUCACCAGCGGGGUCAUGCACAAGAGCGGCCUUUCUCCUGCCCUCAGUGUGGCAUUGACUUCAAUGGCCACUCGGCCCUCAUCCGCCACCAGAUGAUUCACACAGGCGAGCGUCCUUACCCGUGCACUGACUGCAGUAAGAGCUUUAUGCGCAAGGAGCACCUACUCAACCACCGGCGGCUGCACACUGGAGAACGGCCCUUCAGCUGCCCUCACUGCGGCAAGAGCUUCAUCCGCAAGCAUCACCUCAUGAAACACCAGCGCAUCCACACUGGGGAGCGCCCCUACCCCUGCUCUUACUGUGGCAGAAGCUUUCGCUACAAACAGACACUCAAAGACCACCUGCGUUCAGGCCACAGUGGAGGCUGUGGGGGUGAUAGCAACCCAUCUGGACAGCCACCUGACCCACCAGGUCCCCUAUUAACUGGGCUGGAAACCUCUGGCCUAGGUGUUAACACUGAAGGUCUAGAGGCCAACCAGUGGUAUGGGGAAGGGAGUGGGGGGGGAGUUUUAUAAAUCUAAAUCUCUGUGGCUUCAUGGUUACCUAUGGGCAGAAAAUCUAAGAGAAAGCCUGUGAGCCCCUCUACCACUCACAGUAAUUAUCAUCCAGCACAUCAGUGAAUUUGGGGUCCCAUACACUUGACUAGAGAUAUUGCUUGUGCUUUGGAACUUCACACCGUUACAAGAGCACCAUAUUCUGAAACCUAGAAAGACCUGAAAAGAGCCCAGCAUACCCAUCUUUUCAAUGAUAUUGCAAAAGCAGAAGUUACAAGAAUUUUAUCGAGAGGUUGGAAAGCAAGAUUUGACCUCUGGUUAUCUUGUGAUUACAGGAUAACAGAUCAAUAAUAGAUUGUGUCUCUAAGUAGAGACAGGUGGAUGGGAAGACCCUCCAAAGCUUGAAGCCCAUAGUGAGGCAUGAAAAUGAAUGCUAAAGCUUUCAUUAAUUCCUGGAUAGGUAAGAUGGUUGUUGGAAGAAGGUGCUUAAGCCACUGUUUAUGUAAAUGCCUAUCUUGAAAGCAGCCAUGCUCUGUUCACAUACUUGUGUAGCUGCCCUUCCCCGAAACAUGGUAACUCAAGACUACCUAGAUUAAUUCCUUUAAUACAUUUUAUUUAAUUGAGUGGAUAAGAAAUCUGGCUUUAAA